AUAUAUUUGUGGGGAAAUUCGUCAAGAAGGAGAAAAUGUGUCUUAUUCGAAUAAAAUAACUUUUUUUACUGAAUUAAUUAAAAUAGUCGAAGCAGCGAAAUCUAGUAAUCUGACUUUGUUUGAUAAAAUAUAUAAUAUUUUAAAUGCUGAGAAAGAAAAGAAUAAAAGUCUAAAUGCUGAAAUUGAGAAGCUUAGAAGCGAAUUAGAACAAAAAAAGAGGAAGUACAAAGAAGAUUUUAAAAGAAUUCAUGAUGCACAUCAAGAUGCGAUGAGGGUUCAAUUAAAUGAAUUUAAUGGUUUACGAGAUGAAAAUAAUAAUUUACGAUAUUGGAUUACAGUUUUAGAAACUGGUAUUGAAUUGUUACAAGAAACGACAGGAUGA